AGCCCGGACGGUCAUCAGUCCGUCACUUCUGUCUGCGUCCAGCCAGUCAGUAGGUCAUUGUUUUAAAGUUCUCCAACACUUCACUCUCAACAAUAACAACCGUCCAUCAUGAGGGAGAUUGUUCACCUCCAGGCCGGCCAGUGCGGAAACCAGAUCGGUGCCAAGUUCUGGGAGGUGAUCAGCGACGAGCACGGCAUCGACCCAACAGGAAGCUACCAUGGAGACAGCGACCUGCAGCUGGACAGGAUCAGUGUGUAUUACAACGAGGCGAGUGGUGGGAAGUAUGUACCAAGAGCCAUCCUUGUUGACCUGGAACCAGGCACCAUGGACUCGGUCCGCUCGGGACCAUUUGGACAAAUCUUCAGGCCGGACAACUUUGUCUUUGGUCAGAGCGGAGCAGGAAACAACUGGGCCAAAGGUCACUACACAGAGGGGGCGGAGCUUGUGGAUUCCGUCCUGGAUGUGGUGAGGAAGGAGGCGGAGAGCUGCGAGUGCCUGCAGGGUUUCCAGCUCACCCACUCCCUGGGAGGAGGCACGGGCUCCGGCAUGGGCACCCUGCUCAUCAGCAAGAUCAGGGAGGAGUACCCGGACCGCAUCAUGAACACCUUCAGCGUGGUGCCCUCCCCCAAGGUGUCGGACACGGUGGUGGAGCCGUACAACGCCACGCUGUCCGUCCACCAGCUGGUCGAAAACACGGAUGAGACGUACUGCAUCGACAACGAAGCGCUUUACGACAUUUGCUUCCGCACUCUCAAACUCACAACGCCCACCUACGGUGACCUCAACCACCUGGUGUCAGCCACCAUGAGCGGCGUGACCACCUGCCUGCGUUUCCCCGGCCAGCUCAACGCCGAUCUGAGGAAACUGGCCGUCAACAUGGUCCCCUUCCCUCGUCUGCACUUCUUCAUGCCCGGCUUUGCUCCUCUGACCAGCAGGGGGAGCCAGCAGUACCGCGCCCUGACCGUCCCCGAGCUCACCCAGCAGGUGUUUGACGCCAAAAACAUGAUGGCGGCCUGCGACCCUCGUCACGGGCGCUACCUGACGGUGGCCGCAGUGUUCCGCGGGCGCAUGUCGAUGAAGGAGGUGGACGAGCAGAUGCUGAACGUGCAGAACAAGAACAGCAGCUACUUCGUGGAGUGGAUCCCAAACAACGUGAAGACGGCCGUGUGCGACAUCCCGCCGCGUGGCCUCAAGAUGGCCGUCACCUUCAUCGGCAACAGCACGGCCAUCCAGGAGCUGUUCAAGCGCAUCUCUGAGCAGUUCACCGCCAUGUUCCGCCGCAAGGCCUUCCUCCACUGGUACACCGGCGAGGGAAUGGACGAGAUGGAGUUCACGGAGGCGGAGAGCAACAUGAACGACCUGGUGUCCGAGUACCAGCAGUACCAGGACGCCACGGCGGAGGAGGAGGGAGAGUUUGAGGAGGAGGCGGAAGAAGAUGCCUGAAGAAGAGUCACUGCAACGCGUGACGGAGAAGUAAGCGACCAAAACGAAACAAAAAAAAUCUCAAAAAAUGUGAAAGAGAAAUGAAGGAGCGAAGCAGAGAGGGAAACGACGAAGACUUCCCGAAGAAUUUGUAAAGACGGAUCGAAACAAUAACGCAAGAAAAUUCCUGAAAGAGAAGCGUGAUGAAACGAAAGAGAGAGAGAGAGAGAGAGAGAGAGAGAGAGAGAGAGAGAGAUAAGAGAAACCAAAUUAAUGUGCCAUCGUUCAGGACGCUUUGAAAAAAACUAUCUCCACAAAUUCUCAAACCAAAAAAAAUUCAGCUUCACUUCCUUUUCUCCACAUGUUGUCCGCUUGGACAUUUCUCUGGAUCCUGUCUGAGGGCAGGAGUCCACUGAUUUAUAUUUUUGCAAACAGAAACAAGUAUUCAAGUUGUGAUUUUUCUUUGAAAAAGCAGGAGCCUCCUCAGACGCCAGCCAACGUCAUGAGGAGGGUCACACGCUGCAGAACACAGGUCAGAGACGCGUGUUAGCAUGUUAGCAUUAGCCUCACCUGUUGUGGUAGCCAGAUCUUAUCUUGACAAGAAGCAUCCCUGCUGCUGUCGGAUUAGAGCAAAGUAUGUUUUAAAUUCACAGUUUUCCAAUCACUACCAAAAACUGACAGAACAUAAAUUAUUAUAAGAACGUGAACAAAGUCAUUUGAUGUUCAACUCUGAGGAGGACAGGUUGACAUUUGACGUCUUUAAAUAAAAGUGCUAAAACUCACUUGGAAAAAAAAAAAGUGUGUCAUCACAGUGAAGAUCUACACAGCAGUCUUUAGUCAUUAGAGAAGCUCGACACUACAUUUCUGUUUAUAUCUGAUCAGUAUUUCAUCCGCUAACUUGUUUCGUCCUGUGAAUAAAUGCACGAGUAUACACUCUGAGCCACAGCGUUAAGCAUUUUUAAUCAGUAUAUGUGAUGUGUAGCCAUGUUGUCUUUGUGUCUUGUGUGUUUUACUUGAUUCUUUGUUUACUUUUUUCUAUUCCCAUAGAACAAAUUGAACUGGAGCUCCAGUGACUGUGAAACAUUUGUGAGAAAUAAAAAGUCAUUUGUAGGAAAAAAAAAA